AUGGUUUACCGUACUACAGCGAUUAUCGCCCUACAACUUAUUUUAAUACAGAAUGCAUUCAGUCAAUGUAUCAACCGAGUGCUGCCGAACUGUGGACAAAACAUAAUUCCUGAGGUAGUGAUAAAUACUCCAACUACGGCACCAUUGAUACUGGAUAGACCGCUGGAACUCGCACCAGUUAUUAUCCAGGACAGCAGCGUAGCGAAUAGUUUGGCUAAUGCUCUGCAGUUGCUCGUAGUGAGCAAUUUAUUGAGCAACACGUUGCCUAAUCCCUGCUGUGAGGUUCUAGCACCUGCAUUUACACCUGUAGAGAUCGCUCCUAAUUACGUACCAAUCGAAGUCAUCGGAGGAAAUGGUGCUAUUAUGGCUCCUAACUUUUUUAAACUUUUACUGAUUGAAUUACUUGUUAAUAAGGUCAUGUCGUCGUAUCUACAGCAAGCACAGCAAUAUUUUCAAGUACCGGGACAAUCCUAUUACCAAAUUUCCGGAACGCCGCCAACGCAGGCAGUGUCGCAUCCUUAUAAGCCGUCGGUACCUACUUCAUACCAACCUUCAGUUAGUUCAACGUAUAUGGACUACUCUUCAUAUCCAACACUAACAUCGCCGUAUACAGUAGCCGAAAAUUUUCAAUCAUAUAAGAUCCCAGUACCAAAUUCCGCACAACCGCCAAAAAUACCUUCUUCUCCUUUAGUGUCUAAACCAACAAACUCUCCAAAAAUAACACAUUCUGGUUAUGACUCAAAUGUUUUAAAUAAUUUAGCAAUUGCUUUACAAUUAUUAAUUCUCAAUAAUUUGCUAAAUACGCCGAUAUCAGAACAAGUCCUAAUACCUAAUCCUUUCUCAACUCAUCAAAAAACGAAGAAUGAGUACGAAUCAGUUCAGACUAUAAAUCCUGUUGCAGCUUAUUACGAAACGUCAUCGUCUUAUUCUAAUAAUUAUCUCAACUCUCAUGUACCUGUUAGUCAAUCAUACUCCACACAUGCUCAGCCAACCGAAUAUAGGGCUUAUUUUGAAACAAACCCUUAUGACCAGACCACACUUUCACAGUAUUCUCUACCAAAUGCCAAUUAUUUAGGAUCUAAUAACUUGGGUGGGUUAUUGGGCUCGUUUGGCGUGCCUCCUGCUACAACUAGGCCAGGCUUAAACUUGAAGUCGCCUUAUGAUGCUAUUGCAUCAGCACCAUUUUCCGAAAACACGUCUUCAUCGCCAUUUGAAUAUACAAAAAAUGACUUUCAAUCACCGUAUUCGGCGAUUCUGGCAGCCGAUAAUAAUAAAGAUUUGUUUUCCAUAGAUUUUUAA